AUGCCGUGGGCCCCCAGCCUCGCUUCUCCCUUAUCGCUGCUGCUGCUUCUGCUCCUCGCGGCGUCGCUGCAGCAGGCGGCGGCGGAGGUGUACAUUAAGCUGCUUCCUGGGAAGGAGCUCUGCCUCAACUACGAGGGCUACCGCGACCCCGAGGAGGACCCGCCGCUUGUGGAUGUGCGCCACCGCACACUCAAUCCCCGCGCCGUCAACAUCCGCACUCGCCUCUACUCCCCAAGCGGGGCGUUGACGACUCCAACGGGGCGUAUUGACCCGUACGGGACACCCUCUUCAUUCUUCUUUAAAGUGGAAGAAACUGGGACGUACCGUCUUUGCAUGCGCACCCCACUGAGCCACCCACCAUUGAAGAUGGAAAUGCGCUUCAGUGGUGAGAAGGAUCUUAUAGCACCGACCACGACGGUUGAGGGGGCAGAGGUUGUCGACAAGCCUGUGGAAGUGGAGGACUACCGCGAUAGGCUCCACAUGCUAGAUGUCUCGGUGGAGGUGACCCUCGACGAGGUGCGGAUGAGCGAGAACCGUCUUCACAUGCUAGAUGAGACGAUGCGAUCAACGUACUACCGUGUCGUGGGGAUGCUCGCACUCAAUGUGGUUGUCGCCGUUGGGCUGAACGUUUGGGCAGAGAAGCAUCUUGAGCGCUACUUCGUGAAGAAGAAGAUUGUGUAG